CUAUUCGACAUAACCUAAAAAGUGACUGAGCUCCUGUUUGGGUUAUUUUCGAAAUUUUGAUUUGGCUCUGACGGCAUGAAAACUGAGAUAACGUCACAUGUCCUCUUACGUAUUCGUUUUUGAACUGUGAAACGAUUUUCGAGAUUAACAUCAAAUCGGUAACCGACAGCUUCGUUGGCGACCUUAAUUCACCUUGGAAUUUUUGAAAUUAUCCUGAGUAAAAUGAUACCCAGAAAAGCUGUGGCCCUCUUAAACAAGGUUAACUUAAAAAAUAUGUUGGGAAAAAGAUCUUUUUCCUCGACUUUGGCUGUUGGUGGUAAACAAAUGACUGUAAGAGAUGCACUGAAUUCUGCAAUGGAUGAAGAAAUGGAAAGAGACGAACGGGUAUUUAUCCUUGGUGAAGAGGUCGCUCAGUAUGAUGGGGCUUAUAAAGUAACUAGAGGACUGUGGAAAAAGUAUGGAGAUAAGAGAGUUAUCGAUACUCCAAUUACUGAAAUGGGAUUUACAGGUAUUGCAACUGGUGCAGCAAUGGCCGGCCUUAAGCCAAUCUGUGAAUUUAUGACAUUCAACUUUGCAAUGCAGUCCAUAGAUCAAAUUAUAAAUUCAGCGGGAAAAACUUUCUACAUGUCUGCCGGACGUGUCAACAUACCAAUUGUGUUUAGAGGCCCCAAUGGCUCCGCAGCUGGUGUUGCAGCUCAACACUCUCAGUGCUAUGGUGCAUGGUAUGCUCAUUGCCCUGGAUUAAAGGUAAUUUCACCAUAUAAUUCGGAAGAUGCAAAAGGUCUACUCAAGUCAGCAAUUCGGGAUCCAGACCCGGUGGUGUUUUUAGAAAAUGAAAUUCUUUAUGGUGUUCAGUAUCCAAUGUCUGAUGAAGCACUUAGUAAAGAUUUUCUUAUUCCUAUUGGUAAAGCCAAAAUUGAACGACCCGGUAAGCAUGUGACGAUAGUAGCCCACUCGAAAGCGGUGGAGACCGCAUUAGAAGCUUCGAAGGAAUUAGCGGGUAUUGGAAUCGAAGCGGAAAUUAUCAAUUUGCGAUCACUCAGGCCCUUAGAUAUUGACUCGAUAACAAAAUCCGUAGUAAAAACCAACCAUUUAAUUAGUGUCGAGCAGGGUUGGCCCACGUGUGGUAUCGGUGCUGAGAUUUUGGCACAAAUUAUGGAAAGUGAAACAUUUUACCAUUUGGAUCAGCCUGCAAUAAGAGUUACUGGUGCGGAUGUACCCAUGCCAUACACGAAAUCGUUAGAAAUAGAUGCGAUACCUCAGUCUAAGGAUGUUGUCCUGGCAGCUAAACGUCUUCUCAAAGUGAAAUAACAAGCGCAUGCUACAUGUAAAUUAUAUAUCAAAGUUACUAGGUUGAAUUAAGGUCUACAGUGAAAGACUGUCAGAUAUACUCCCCGAUACACUUUAAGGUUUAAAUACUUCAAUAUAGUUUUACUAAGUUUAUUGUUAUUCAUGCAACAUGAAUUAGAACAUCAUUUUAAUCAAGGUUUUUGUUUCAUCUGCUCGAACUUCAUUAUUGUUUGUAUGUGUAAAAUAAUAAAUAUGUUGGUAUUUUUUUUUUUGCAUGCUUUUAGGUAAAAUAUGCUACGAAGUUUUUCUGGCAUAAAGUAUGUAGCCUUUAAGAUUAAAUUUGGGAUUAGUUAAAGGAUAAAGAAACAGGGACUAAAUAAAAUUGCAAUAUCAUUAUUAUGUUACCCAUCGCAUUGAAAUUAUUUAAAAUAAUAUAUUAAUAUCGAAAAUUUAAAAAAAAAGGAAAAUAAGAAAUAUGGUAUAUUUUUGCAUAAUGAUCCAUUAUGUUAACUACUAAGACUAUUUCCAAAAUAAUAAUAUACCCUACCAAACAGGAAUUAUUGAAAAUAAUAAAAUGUAUUAAUUUGUAAUGAUAUAGAUCGUGGAAGGUCGAGCAUAAUAAAAACUAUUACUAAGGCAAAUAAUAAUAAACAAUAAUUGAGAAGUAAUGAUAGAUAUACUUAUAUGGAGUUUAUAUAGAAAAUCGAUCAUAACCAGCUAGGUUUUGAAUGUGGUUUAUGAGGAAAAAAAGUCUGGAAACCACUGCUUUGGAUAUUUAGUUGGGGUCUUUUCUCAUUUCAAUGCCAAAUUGUUGGAUGCGAAUGAUAAGUUACUCAAUUGUUACGAUUGGUGUCGCGCCGAGCUUAUCUUUUUUAGUAUCUUUAAAAUAAAAAUUCAGCGAUACAAGUUUGACAACCGGGGACGCCAAAGAAUUCGAAUCAACCAACAAUUCACGUGUUGUGUAGUGAGCUAAAGCGCGAUCUACUUGUAUCCACAUUCCACAUUUCUUUCCUAACACUAACAGUAACUCACUAUAAGAAAAAUUAAAAAAUAAUAAGGUAUUUAACCUAUCGAGAAAAAUGUACGGUUCACAAACAUAAAUUAAGCCACUGCAGAUAUUUACAUGAAAUUCGUGUUGAAAAUUACCAUUUCCGGGGGGUACGUCAUUCCUUAAUUGGGUGUUUAAAUAUACUAAUUACUUUAGCUUAACUUUAAAUCAAUUUUGUUGCAUUAUAAAAGACUACAAUUACGAAUAAAUAUGUGUUGGAACCUGUCUCGCUUGGUACC